AGAGGUAGUGGAAAUGUCUUUGAAAUUAAAACGUGAAGGAGAACCUAUGGACCUUAACGAAGGGAACUACAAUAUUUUGGCAGUAGAAACAGGUGAUAUUCAAGAGCCAACAUUAAAAAAAUGCAAAACUGAUCCACGGAAGACAAGAGCCAACGAGGAGAAAGUAAACGUAAAGAAACAUGAAGAAUUCCGAGAAAACAAAUUGGAAAUAGAAAAAAACCAGCAGCAACAACCAGAAGAUUUACCACAGCGACUAGAAAAAGCCAAUCAUGACGACAACUUCCAUAAACUUCUAGACAAAAGUAAGAAUAUUAAAGCUGACGUUCACAAGGCUCUUCAAAGGUAAUUUUUCUUUCAUAGGAUAUCGAUUAUGUAUGUUGACCUGUGCAUGU